UGAGUUCUAACUGCAUCCGUAAGUCUCUAACUUUCUGCUAUUUUGCAUUACAUUUUUCUACUACACCCUUCAUUUAACCUUUUUCUCAUCUUAUUAUUAAAAAAUAUAACGUCCAUAUUAUCUUAUAAUUUUUAGUUUGAAAAGGAUCAAAAAUGGCUCCACCAUGCUUUUCAGAUCUUGGAAAACAAGCAAGGGAUAUCUUCAAUAGAAAUUAUCAUAUUGGUUUGAUGAAAUUGGAAUGUAAGACCAAAACUGCAACAGGUGUUAAUUUUACAGUUAGUGGCACAUCAAAUAAUGACACUGGACGUGUGAACGCUUUUCUUGAAACAAAGUACCUUCUAAAAAAUCACGGAAUUACAAUAAAAGAAAAAUGGAAUACUGACAAUGUUCUAGCCACUGAAUUUUCCGUUGAAGACCAAUUUGUUAAAGGUCUGAAACUUAGUAUUGAUACAAGUUUUGCACCCCAAACAGGAAAGAAAUCUGGAACAUUCAGCUCAGCAUAUAAAAAUGAACAUGUCCACCUGAAUGGUGAUGUCGAUUUAGACUUAACAUCUCCUGUUGUUCAUGGUGCUGGAGUCAUUAACUACCAGAAUUGGCUAGUUGGUGCUAAGAUCUCUCAUGACUUCGGGAAAAAUGCUUUGAUUAAAUCAAAUAUUGGUUUAGGCUAUUCAUUAGGGGACUUUGUAUUUCAUUCAAAUGUUAUUGAUGGUCAAGAAUUUGGUGGCUGUAUGUAUCAAAAAGUGAACCCUCAACUAGAAUCUGGAAUAACUCUUUCUUGGGUUGCUGGUACAAAUGAAACUAAGUUUGGUCUUGGUUGUGUAUAUAAGGUCGAUGAUUCCACAUCCGUCAGGGCUAAAGUGAACAAUAGCAGUCAAAUAGGUUUGUCCUUCUGCCAUAAGCUAAGGCAAGGCAUUCAACUCACAUUGUCUGCUUUAAUUGAUGGAAAGAGUUUCAACCAAGGUGGCCAUAAAGUUGGUCUAGGUUUGGAAUUAGAAGGAUAAACUACAAAAUCAAAUUCCUUAAGCUAUCAUUGCAUUUCUUGCUAUAAACUAUGUAUAUUCUAUAUUUUAAAUCUUAAAUUUUACACCUGAAAGCUAGACUUUGGGACUCUGAAAAUUGUUUAUGGAACUGUAGGCAAAACUAUGAAAAAAAUAAAAUUUAAUGUUUUUCUUUGAAUUAUCACUAUUGUCUUAGUUACGGAUCCCAGUUUAAAAGAAAUAACCGAUGUAAUUUGUUUUAUGAAAAAGAUUAAUAAAUAUUGGAUGAAGUUGAA